GUUAUCCUUGAUAAUUAACACAUAAUAAGCAUAUAAAUUCGUAUUCAUUGUGCUAUUUAACGAAUAUGUGACAACUUCGAAGUGUCAUUUACGUUCUCACAGGAAAAUAGCCAAGCAUUUUGGUACAUCAAAAUCUUCAGAUGGCAACACUCUAAAAACCCAAUAAGUGUUUCAAGUAUCAAACCCGUAACUCCUACAUUAUCGACAAUUGGUAAAAUGCGAUUUUUCAUUCCAUAUACUAAUUGAGUACUCCGAAGGUAACAACUUCGAAAAAUAUUGACUGUAGAAUAACUAGGAUGAAGAUUAUAGUAAAUAUCAUGCGAAAUACUGCAGCAUAAGAAAAAAUGUAUUGAAUCAAUUUUAGCCACGGUGAAAAACGUGUGUCCAAAGAGAGUUUGUACAUAAUUUAUGGGUUAUCAAGAAGAAAAAAAAGUUGACCAAUUUGUUUUCUUUCGUGAUACAAAUUCCUUUUUACCGUGGCAAGAUCGAUCCUGACAGAAAUUACGUGGUAACGACAUUAUUGACAAAACAUGAUGGACGAAGCUGGUCUCUAUUUUUUCGCAGCAAAGGCAACGAGUCGCCUGUCAAAAAAAACCCUUGAGUGUUCGUAAAAAUCGUUGAUUUAAAUAAUUUGUAAGUAUGCAAAGAAGAGUGUCGUUGCGCGACACGCUGGGGAAUUUAUCGACAAAAUUAAAGUCGGAAAAGUCGUUCAUCGGGAAGUUACGUGGUCGCUAUUUCUUCCGGUCAAUCGUGAGACGUGUCAUCGAGUAUUCGGACUGGAUCGGGGGUGAUCCCAUUCCCGAAGAAAUCGGCGAUGACGUUGCUGUCAAUGUUAAAAUGGCACAGCGAGGAAAAAAGCAGGAGAAGAAAGGGCUGACGAUGGAGGAUCGAUCAGCCCUUCUGACCAAACUUUCUCGAAGAACGAAGGAUGAAAAAACACACAUUUUGCAUUUGAUUAAAACACUUCGCGCCUUCAGAAAAUAUCCGGACAACUUGAAACAAGCCGUCGCAGCUGUUUGCCAGUAUCAAUAUUUGGGGCCUGGAAGGGUCAUUGUUCGACAAGGACAUCCCGCUUUUUCACUCUAUUAUAUCGCUAAGGGCGACGUACUUCUGACUAAAACCGUUACCGACAGUGUUACCGGGGAUAUCACCGAGGUCAAGAUCGGUACGAUGGGACCGGGCGAUAUGUUCGGAGAGAUAGCGCUGCUACACUCGAUCCCAAGAACAACAACCGUCACGAGUAAAACAUCGGUCGAUCUUUUCUAUAUCGCCAAAAUCGAUUUCGAUCGUAUCUUGAAAAAUAUUUUACUUCGGGACUGGAGCAUUUUGCAAGAUGCUCUCGUCACAUUCAAUUAUUUCAAAGCAUGGGACGAGAGUACGAUACGGGAGUGUUGUAUUUUGAGUAAAAUCAAGAAUUUCGAGCCGAACGAGGUUUUACUAGGCGACGGCAAAGGCAUGGUGAAUUACGUGUACUUUAUAUUGGCUGGGGAAUGUCGUUUGAUCGAGCACAUUAUUAUUCAAGAAGAAAAGUCUUUCGAUAAUGUGAAGUUCAAGCUUUACGAGCCUGAUGAGUCUUCCCAAACUUCUAUCGAUCGUGCUCGAGGAAUAAUUCGCAACGACAAACGUGAGACCCACCAUUUUAUUGAGGUGAAAGACGAUAAAUCAACCGAAGGUGACGAUCUGUCGCUUGAUCCUGCUGAAUCGAAAGUGUUGUCAAAACCUGCCGGCAGAAUCGAUGCUGAACGAAUAAGCACCAUCACGACCACCCUUCAGGAUGUCGUUAAUCAGUGGCACGAAAUAACCGAAGUUGCAGCAAUGCUCAUGAGAGAACCGUCGGUAUCUUCGCAACAUCAGUACCCACCGGGAGUUCGUACCGUUUUCAUGCAAAUUUGCAAAUUUUUCAGAGGCGCCUGCUUCGGCUUGGGAGAGGAGAUGCGUAAUCGUCGAAUAGUGUCAAUAACACCUGUUCGAUGUUUGCUGGUUCCUCGAUACUGGCUCUUGGAGCAUAAUCGUGCAAACAUAUGGGAACGUGUGAAGCUAUUUAUGGAAUCGAAAUACCCAACUCAAGAGAAGUUAUUGAAGCACUUUGUAACGAAUCGAAGGUGGAUGAGUUUCAAGCACCUACUCGUGGCAGACAUUCUACAUAACGGUAGGAAUGUUCGUAACGAUACAACGAUCCACGAUGUUCCUUAUUCUAUAAGGAUCAAUGAAGAAAUCGAUGAACCAGCGGGGAAGGGAAAACAAGCGUACUAAUAGCAAUCGAGCGUACGAACGAAAUAA